CCCAGGCAAGACUGAUCUCUUUUAGGAUGGACUGGUUGGAUCUCCAAAUUAACAUUUAUAAAAUAAUUUCCUUUGGUCAUUACUUAUAAAUAGACUGGGUGGCUCAGCCCACUGUAAUAUAGGAAAUGUAUCAUUCAAAUCAAUAAGUAAAAACCAUGGAUGCUGGAUGAGCCAAAUAAGCAAGAGAGUGUUCAUUAUUGGCUGAUGUCAUUGAAUUCUGCAGUUCAAAUCUCUCUGACAUUUACAGGUAGGUUUGGCAAAAUCCAGGAGUCAAUAAUGAGAAACCACACCACUGUAACAGUAUUCAUUCUUCUAGGACUGACAGAAGAUCCUCAGUUGCAAGUUUUGCUUUUUAUUUUUCUAUUUCUCACCUACAUUUUGAGUAUAACUGGAAAUCUGACCAUCAUUACCCUAACACUAAUAGAUCCUCACCUUAAAACACCCAUGUAUUUUUUCCUCCAAAAUUUCUCGUUCUUAGAAAUCUCAUUUACAACCUCCUGUAUUCCAAGAUUCCUAUACAAUAUAUCAACUGGGGACAGAACCAUUACUUAUAAUGCAUGUGUGAUUCAAUUAUUUUUUGCAUAUCUUUUUGGGAUAACUGAAUUUUUUCUCUUGGCAACCAUGUCAUAUGAUCGCUAUGUGGCCAUCUGCAAACCCUUGCAUUAUAUGACAAUCAUGAGCAACAAACUGUGCAAAACAAUGAUCAUCUGCUGCUGGAUGGUGGCACUUAUGACUAUCCUCCCACCACUCAGCUUAGGUUUUCAUCUGGAAUUCUGUGAUUCUAAUGUCAUUGAUCAUUUUGCCUGUGAUGCAUCACCUCUCCUGAAGAUCUCAUGCUCAGACACAUGGUUAAUUGAGCAGAUGGUUAUAGCCUGUUCUGUACUGGUCUUCAUCAUCACUCUCAUAUGUGUAGUUUUCUCCUAUGUAUACAUCAUAAGAACAAUUCUAAAAUACCCUUCUCUUCAGCAAAGAAAAAAAGCCUUUUCUACCUGUUCUUCCCACAUGAUUGUACUUUCCAUCUCUUAUGGCAGCUGCAUCUUCAUCUAUGUCAAACCAUCUGCAAAAGAGGGAAAUAUUAACAAAGGUGUGUCACUGCUUAUUUCUUCCAUAUCACCAAUGCUGAAUCCUUUUAUAUAUACUUUGAGGAAUAAGCAAGUUAAACAAGCCUUUAAUGACUCACUGAAAAAAACUGCAUUUCUCUUAAGAAAGUAAAAUAAGCAUGUUGAUGAAUCAACUGAAAGAUACACAUCUAUCUUAUAAUUUACAUAAAGCCAAGAGACUGUAUUGUAACUUCUUAGCUUAUAACCAAGCAGAUUGACCUCAGAAUCAUUUAAUCUUUAAUUUUCCCUUCCAUUCAUAUACUAAACAACUAAUUAUUGAAUAUUGCUUUAUGAGAAACAAAAUAUAUCAUUCACAAUUCUUUAAUGAGAAUCUACCAUGACCAAGUCAUUCCUUUUACUUCUUUAAGUGAUUUUCCCAGACAUUUCAUAAUAUUGGUAUAGGGAAGCCAUUUUUAUUGAAUUAUAAUUGAUAUACAGUAUUUAUUACUUUCAAGUGUACAACAGAAUGAUUUUAUAUUUUUAUACAUGGUAAAAUCAUCACCACAAUAUGUCUAGCUGCAAUCCAUCUGUUGAUAUCAACAUAUUAAUAAGGGAAGAUUAUGAGGAAUGUUAAACCAAUAUAGUCAACAACUUAGAUGAAAUAGAAUAGUUAGUUAAAAAUAAAAUUUGAGAAGUGAACCAAAAGUAAACAUAAAAUAUGGGUACUUUGAGUUUUAGAAACUGAAUUAAUAUCUAAAAAUCUUUUCCCAAAGAAAACAUCAUCAUAUUGACUCAAAAUGAUGUUGAUGAAUACCAUCAAAGGGAUAAAUAAUGCAUUCUAUGACUAUUGUUUCAGAACACAUGAAGAAAUGAUACAUUUUUAGUCUUUUGUGAAGUUGAUAUAAACCUGAUACAAAUACUAGGCAAAGAAAUUAUAAGAAUACAAUUGUAGGCCAACACCCCUCAUGAUCACACAUGCAAACAUCCUUAACAAUGUACUAUCAAAGAACAAAGAAAUAAAAAUUAUCAGGAAAAUUUAGCAGACACUUUCAAAGGAAUUGCAUGAAUAGCAAAUUAGCACAUGGAAAGAAGUUCAAUAUCAUUAACAUUAGAAUACUCAAAUUGAAACAAGUCUAACACUCACUAGAACAGUCACAAUUAGAAUGCAGCCUGACAAAAUAAGUCAUAACGAGGACAGAGAGCAACUGGAACUAUCAUUCAGUGCUGUUGGGCAUACGUGAAGUGAUACAGCUUCACAUAAAGUUA